AUGAAUAUUGUGGAGAAUGUCGAGGAUGAGUACAAUGAAUAGGAUUAAGGUACUUAUCAAUAACCAGAGAAAUUAAAUGACAAUAUUGGUAGAAGUGUUUUCUUUGAUUCAAAUAAUCUCCCAUAAGUGGAGUGCUACUAUCACAAAGGAUAUUACAUAUCCAAUAUGUGCAGGGCUCCUUAAUGUGUUAUACCUUUGUGUCCAUUGUGCAUUCAUUUACAUUCUAAAGAGCAUGUGAACGAAGGCACCUAUCCAGUUUUUGAAUCUUUAGAGGUGUUAUUGAAUUAAGCUAGUGAUCAUGUCAAUAAUGAAUUGAAGAAAUUCACCAACUCGUAUUACGAUAUCAAGAAGCAUGUGAAUACAUUUGAGGUUCAUGCUGAGAAAACAAUAAAGAGAAUUCGAGAAAUAAAGAAACGUAUAACCGAUGUGGUAGAACAAUUCUUCAGUGGUCUUGAGAACGAGGUUGAGCAUAAAUAGAAAAAGAAUGUGAACAAUUAGGAAAGAGACGCUAGAAAUUUAUUAUAAAUGAUCGAAGAGAGAUGGAGUUCAAUGAAGCAGAUGUUGGUCACCUUUUAAUCGAGCGAUUGUCUCACAGCCUUGAUUCCUUAUUUCACAACAACAUUCCAAGAGGACAAUCAAGUUUAUUAUAAGAAGAUAGGAGAAUAUAUCAAUGCAUUCCCAACUGUGAGUAGUGAAGUGCACAUCGAUUAACAUAGAGCAUCGGAAUUAAGUUUAUUUUUACAAUCCAUUAUACGAGUCUAGCAUACUUCCAUUCCUGAUUUCAUCGGAAUACAUCAGUUACCAACUACAAAUGUGACUGAAAGCACUAAAAUAAAGUCACUUUAAGGAAGUAGAAUAAAGGAACCCUUGAGAGUCACAAUUCCAGAGAAGAAAACACAAUUUGAAACCAGUUAACACUAAUAUCCAAAGCCACCUACUCCAGUGAAGGCUCAUAGAAGUCCUUAACAUUUUCAUCAAUCUCUUCCGUUGCAUCCAGGACAUCCACCAUUGCCUAUUCAUCCGCAAUAUUUCCCUUAAACUCAUUUUAUACCACCUUAUCAUAGGUUUUGA